CGCGUAUUUUGUUAUUAUUUUAUUUAUUUGUCUCACGGUAAUAAAUUCAUAUAUUUUAAUAAGACAUUUCAAUAUAAAUAAUAAAAGAAACUGUGAAAUAAAAGAAAGAAAUUAGGAGCAGUUAUUGAUUAUUAAGUGCAAAGUUGGAAUAGCAUUUGUAAGGCAUCAUUAUGAAUUAUGGACGAAAGACGCCCUCGACAUAUCGUUCGAAUCCCUCGGUGUAUUCACACACAACGGGAAGAUCCUCAACCAAUUUACAUACGACAAAGUCACGUUCCACCCGUUCCGUGCGUAUUCCUUGGUAUCAAAGACCCAUCUUAAAGAAUAAUCAAUAUAUUGAUAUUCAAAAAAAUGCCAUGAUGAUAGGCUUGUUUGCCAUUUUUCUGGCCCUAUUUACCAUUGGCACUGCAAUUUUUGAUAUCUAUUGCCUGGCCAUGGCUGCGCCUGGCUCCACACAUUAUGGUUAUUAUAUUAUUUCAUAUGAAUUUGUCUAUGUUGGCAAUAAACAUGUUCGCAACAUGCUGAUGGUAUUUGCUUUAUUCUCCCUAGUAUUGGGCCUAAUUAUAUUCUGUACAAGCAUACUUUUGGUUGUAGCUUUAAGAAAGGAAUAUGAACGUAAAAUUUUACCCUGGCUCUGGACGUUUGCGGUUUUUACAAUAUGGCGUCUAUUGGCCUUGUUGUUCUUUGCCAUUGUCAAUGAUUUGUAUUUUGCCUAUAAUGCUGUAAUGGUAUUCCUGUGGUCAGUUUUCGUUUUGGUUUCGAUUUAUGGUUGGUGCUGUGUUUAUUCGCUGUUCUUGGAAUUGGUCGAUUUGACCAAAUUGGAAGAUUUGGCCCACUUAAGGAUGGGUACCAUGGCCUCGCUACAUGCCUCAACUGCCAACUCCUUGGCCGGUUCUCGUCCCACUACACCCCAUAGCACUGUAUCCACAAUGCCAGUUGGUUAAGCACAAAAUGCGAAAUAUUCACAAAUUUUCUACCAUAUAUUCAAAAACAAAAGAGUCUCCAGGUUUAUUAAGAAUCUCUUUAACCGUCCAUUUUUUUUAUUUUAUGCAUAACUCUGCAUCUUUGCACAACACCUUAUACAUUCCACAUAUAUAUGUAUUUAAUAUGUUCAAAUACAAAAAAGUAUCUGUGCCUUAAUAUAUUUUGUAGAAAAUUUUUAAUAUUUUAUAUACACAACACACAUUCCACCUCUUUUUUUAAUUUAAUUAUAUAUUUAACAUUUUCUACAUCUCGAAAUAUUCUAUGUAAGUUAUAAAGAUGCAACAAUACCGUCCAUAUACAUCUAUUGUAAUUGUAUUAUUUUAUACACAAUCAACGAAACAUAUUAAGUGUUCUUAUUAUACAAAACAAUUCGAAUAAUUGAAUAUUUUUUAAUGUUAAACAUAUCAAUAAAAAAAAAACUUUUGUACCUUUUUAGAAGGUAACGUCACUUAA